AUGGACAGCUUUCUUAUGGCUAGGCAUGGUGACGAGGACCACAGCGCGACGGGCACGGCAACCGCCUCCGAUGCCAUGCCGGGAAUGGAUAUGGGAUCCGGCUCGAUGAACGGCAGCACGAGCUCGAGCAGUAUGACCAUGAUGAUGAUGACCAUCUUCCAAAACAACAUGAACACUCCUCUGUACACCGAGGCGUGGACCCCGAAUAGCGUUGGCACCUACGCCGCCACCUGCAUCUUCCUCAUCUUCCUCGCCUUCGGCCUGCGCAGCAUGUUGGCGCUGAAGUCCAUCCAAGAGAAGCGAUGGCUGGACAAGGACUUCAAGCGUCGCUACAUCAGCGUCAACGGAAAGAUGGGCAUGGCCGGGCAGAUGUCGUCGGACAGCAUGGCGAAACAGAUGGUGCUCUCGGAGAACGGCGUCGAGGAGAAUGUUACCGUCGUCCAGAAGCAGCACGGCAUUUGGAGGCCAUGGAGGUUGUCGGUCGAUCCCAUCCGGGCCUUGAUUGAUACUGCUAUUGCUGGUGUCGGCUAUUUGCUAAUGUUGGCUGUCAUGACCAUGAACGUUGGCUACCUGCUCUCGGUUCUGGGUGGCGUCUUCUUGGGCAGUCUCGCUGUUGGCCGCUUUGCUACCUUGGGCGAGCACUAG